GUUAUUUCUAAAGCUUCAGGAGUCUUGCCAAUUACGAUGAGAGCCAUUAGCCACAAAAAGAGAAAACAGAACAGCGGUGAACAUUCCCAGGUGUGGCCAGCCUACAAAAAUAAGAGCAUAACAGCAAUGACUUACCCGGGAGGUCAAAAAGGAACACAGGACAACAUCUGAAGACCUGCAGGCCAUUUUGGCUCAGUUAAGGCUGCAAGCAUGCAUGAAGUGGGUGCAGGACAGCGCACGGGGAAGGAGCAUCAAUCCAGAGCUAACUGAGGUCACUUGUAGUGGCUCUUUACUGAAACUUUUGAACUCAAUGACGCGCAAGAUGCUAUAAGAGGAAAUUACUCUGUGGCGUAAGAUUCUGACUCCUGUCGAGUUAGUCAACCGCAAUGCAGAAUUAGGCAGUCUGGUGGUUUAUGAGAUUCACACACAAAAAAAGAGAAGUGAAUUCUACCUCAGAAACAAGGCCAUAUCGGAGAGCACUAGUCUUCCUGCAUUCCUGAAGCGUAGCAGGGGCGUGCACAGACCAGUUGUGAGCACUGGGAGAAUUUGUUUGUCAACGAGGAAGUAAGCUGUGACGGGGCAAGGACGGCGGAUGAAGGUGUGGCCUCACGGGAGCAGGAAUACAAAAUGCAGGUGGAGAGGAUAAUUCUUGAUCGGUGAGACUAUCUGUUCAGUACAAUGACACUUAAACUUAUAUUCUGGGUCUUCGUCCUAAAUGUCUCACUCAAGCUAUCAGACAGCCACGCUCCUGUCUUUGAAGAAGGAAAGGACUAUGAGAUUGUUCGAACUGUCAGGCUUCACUCUGUCAGAAGAAGAGACACCGGGAACGUCAGGCCAGAGACCAUUAAGUACGCAAUGACAGUAGGAGGAAGAGACAUUGUAAUGCACUUACAAAAGAACAAUGGCUUACUCACCAGAGACUACACAGAGACAUUUUACCAAGAAGAUGGCACGCAAGUCACCACCUCUCCAAAUGACAUUGAUCACUGUUACUAUCACGGGAAGAUUGUGAAUGAAAGCCAGUCGACGAUUAGCAUCAGCACUUGUGAUGGACUUCGGGGUUAUUUCAGGACAUCAGCCCAGAGAUACUUGAUUGAGCCCCUUUCCGGUAAUGAUGAGGGGGAGCACGCUGUAAUGAAGUUUAACGAGAAGGACAACACACCUGCCGUGUGCGGCGUCACCAACACUACAUGGGACACAGACAUUGAGCCACCAACAAGCCGCAGUCGCUCCAGAUCAGCGGGUAUUUCUAUAGUUCAACAACAGAAAUACAUCGAGCUCUACCUUGUUGCUGAUAACCGUGAGUAUGUGAAGAUGAAAAGGGAUCAAACCGAGCUGAGAAGGAGGAUAUUUGAAGUCGUCAACUUUGUCAACAUGGUAUACAAGCCCUUAAGAACCUUCAUCGCUCUUGUUGGGCUGGAAAUCUGGUCUAAUGGUGACUUGAUCACCAUCACUCCUCCAGCUGGAGCUAAUCUAAAUGCUUUCAUGACAUGGAGGAAUUCUGUGCUGGUCAAGAGAAAAAAACACGACAAUGCACACCUUAUCAGUGGUAUUGACUUUGAAGGAGCAACAGUGGGACUGGCCUACAUCGGGACCCUCUGUUCUGCUCAUUCUGUUGGUGUAGUGCAGGACCACAACAACCGUGCCAUUGCUGUGGGGGCCACGUUGGCUCAUGAGAUGGGCCACAACCUAGGCAUGAAUCAUGAUGACUCCAGUGCUUGCACCUGCACUGGUGACAGUUGCAUUAUGGCUGCGGCCCUCAGCUGGGACACCCCUCGCGCUUUCAGUAGCUGCAGCAGCAGUCAGUAUGCGAACUACUUGAGCAACCGCAACCCAAGCUGUAUGCUGGACAAGCCGGACUUCAGGAGCCUGGUGAUUCCUUCUGUCUGUGGAAAUGGUUUCGUGGAGGAAGGAGAGCAGUGUGACUGCGGGACUGUAGAGGAGUGCACCAAUCCAUGCUGUAAUGCUACCACUUGCACCCUUAGUGAGGGAUCCCAGUGUUCAACAGGGGAAUGCUGUGACAAAUGCAAGAUACUACCGCGAUCUCACGAGUGUCGUAGUAAGGAAGAUGAGUGUGAUCUCGCAGAAUACUGUGAUGGAAAGACUGCCGCCUGUCCCGAGGAUGUAUUCAAUGUAAACGGCAUACCAUGCGACAAAGGUGCUGGUUAUUGUUAUAACGGCCAGUGCCCUAAAAGAUCGGACCAGUGCAUCAAAAUGUAUGGCGCAAGUGCAAUACAGGCCCGUAAUUUCUGCUACGACCAGAAUACCAGAGGAACAUACUAUGCCUUCUGCAAACGUCCCUCAAAUGACGUCUUCAUCCCGUGCCAAAAAGAAGAUGUUUUUUGUGGAAAGCUCUUCUGUCACAAUGGAAAAGACAGCCCAAACUAUGGUCGCAUGGUGAGGUUCAGUGAUUGCAAAACAGCUUUCUUUGCGGAAUAUACUAAUGACUACGGCCAGGUGGACACCGGAACCAAAUGUGGGGAAGGAAAGGUGUGCAGUGAGAAUCAGUGUGUGAGUCUUCCAACUGCUUACGGAAGCGUCAAUUGUUCAGCAAAAUGCCCUGGCCAUUCAGUUUGUAAUCACAGAAGUGAAUGUCAGUGUGAGCCUGGCUGGUUGCCUCCUUCAUGCAGUUCCACGGACAACGAGUUCAGCAGUCUUUCAAGUGAAGCAACUGCGGCCAUUGCCGUGACAAUUUCACUCGUGAUUCUGGGGAUUAUUGCUGCCAUUAUAGGUGUCGUCUGGAAAAAACGACAGAGCUCCAUGUUACCAACUACACACAAAGGAAGAAAGCAGCCGGAAGUGGACAGCUCUGCUUUCCGUCCUAACAAAACACUAGUUCCUGGCCCACCAAUGCCGCAGGUUGGGAAGCCAAAACCCAAAGGAGCUCCACCUCCACCACCAACAGCAGCAGCAAACCACAACUACGUCGGAGUCCGUCAGGCACUACGGCCAGUACCUCCACCAAAGGUUUAACAAGUCCAGCAAGUGUAAAACUGGAGGAAAAGCCCACCUUUUCCUGAGGACAGUUAUUUGUUAUGCAGGUUCUCACUGCAUUGCGGCCAGAGGAACAUGGAGCUAAAUGGACUAUUGAAUCAAGCCCCGAGGACUCAAAACUAGGAAAGACUUGUUUUAAAAAGACAUAGAACUCCUAAAUAUUAGCUGAUCCCCAUCAUUGCCAGUGAUUAUACCGAUGUUUAGUCACUGCAAUUAUUAUUAUUAUUAUUAUUAAGUAUUUAGGUUUUGUAGGUUUUUAUUCAUCUAAAUUAAAUUUCUAUGGUCUUAAUUUCAACAACUAACCUCUGUAUAACACAAUUUAGCCUGUGACUGAUUUCAAUUAUACUGUAAAGUUCAUCUCAGGAUCAAGUGUCUCUUCAAAUGUCUACUGUAAUUAUCUUGCACCAGCUUUUGGUGAAAAAGCAUUGUUAACAAGAUCAUGCAUGGUGGAAUUAUCAUUCGACUCAGUCCAAGCUGCUUAAGUGCAAAAACAAGAAACUUUAAGAUUUGUGGGGCCAUGAUGUUUUUAUAGUUUAAAAAUAAAUAAAUAAAAAUAGUGUACUUUUUGCUUGGCAGCAAACAGGACUGCUGUCAUAGACUCCGAGAGAUCGGGAAUAAGUGUUGUUGACAUUAUUUUGAACCAGUAGUUUCAGAUUUGUAUUUUUUUAAUGAAUUUACUGUAAUUUACCUACAGUUUAAAUAUUGGAAAUGGUGCUCUAUGAGUGCAUUUUACUGAUUUCUUUUUGUAAUAUAUACAAUGCAUUAAAAGAACACUGAAAUAUAAAUGUUUCUAGUUUAUUCUCAGUCAGGCUGGGAACCUUUGAGAAGGUGGUAGAGAGAUAAUGUCAUUUCCAAAUGCUCACCAAUGCAAGUGUGAUUGAAAAAGAAUAUAUGCAAAUAUACAUUAUAUCCAAAUUAUCUACAGUUAGAUACAAGCACCAGUAU